CCCAUUCAUCCAAAGAGGGAAAUCUCUAAAGUAUUUAAUAGUACGUUGCUAAAAUCGAAGUGCCAAUAUUUCAUGCAAGUAGUACGUCAUGUUCAACAAAUUGAAACUAAGAGACUCUUCUUUGGACGGAGUUCGGUUCAAACUAUCAACUGUAAUAACAAAGGAAACCCGUGAAAAGUUGGACAAUCCGGAGUGCUUUCUGAGUACCGAGCAAUUGAACCUUUUAGACCCUUCUCGUGGUUUGUAUCUACGUUAUUCGGUUUCCAAUAUUAGUCACGUUUGUUUGGAUAAAAAAAGAGAGAAGAAAUUCUUUUCUCGUCUCGUCUCGGUGGUAAGGAUACAACUGACUAACGGAGAACACGUUCUUCUCGGUUUUCGACACGAUAGUGACCAAUCUGUAUUUAUACAAAAACUUGAGCAAUACAUUAGACAGCAUAAGCAAAAAAAAACAAAUGAAACUAGUCAAACUUCUCCUAAAGGUGUAGGAGUAGCAGGUAUUAUGCAAACUCGGAAAGAACAAGUGCAACAAAGAGAGGAGCAGCUUCAGAACGCAUUUAAGGAUCUUGAGUCACUAAUGUCACAAGUGAAGGGUUUGGUUGAGUUGGCACAAAAAUAUCAAGGUUCAUUGUUGGAGUCCAAGGUAGGUGAAGAUAUGAAAGAAGUAGUUGAAUUUCGUAACAUGGCUGCUUCUCUGGGAGUUGAGAAUCCUGUAACUAGAGCGCAACUUGGAGGCCAUGGAAACGAGUUUCAUAGGCAGCUUGCAAUGGAAGUAUACCGUACCAUUGAAAAGCCACUGAGAAAGAAUGGAGGAAUGAUGAACUUGAUAGAUGUAUACUGUUGGCUUAUUCGUGCCAGAACGACUACUGAACUGGUCUCUCCUGAUGAUUUGUUAGCAGCCUGUGAAAUGUUUGGUAAAUUGCACAUACCAAUACAUUUGAGUAGAUUGGAAAGUGGAGUUAUUAUCUUGGAAGCAGGGUUUAUGAAUGAUGAUGAAAUUGCUAAGAAAAUACUUGAAAUAGUUCAGUCAAAAGCCAGUCUUAAUGCAGUGGAAUAUGCUUCCCUUGUAAAUAUCCCACUACUUCGAGCUGUAUCUCGUCUAGAGUUUUGUGAACAAAUGGGAUUUCUGUGUCGAGAUGAAUUCGAAGAGAAUAUUCGGUUCUUUCCCAAUUUAUACUUUUGAUGCAAACAUCGAAUGCAGUUUGU